GCGGUGCUGCGGGGCGGGCGGCCUCCCCGCGCCGCGGUCUCGGCGCGCUGUGGGCUCUUCCCUCUCCAUCGAAGCGAUGGCGGCGUUCGAUGGCUGUGAUACAGCGUUAAGGCGGUUCUCCCUGAGGUUCGCCCGUUACAAUAAAGCUGUGGUUUAAAGUGUGCUAAAUGCUGUCCUUCCACAGAUGAAGACCUCGUGCUGCUGCAUUCGCUGCGUGUGGGAGCGGUGCAGCUGUCAGCCUCCGAGCUGCGCUGCUUGCUGACACUGAAGAGUGCAGGAUUUUGACUGUUCAAAAUGAACGAGCAUCCUAAGAAGAGGAAACGGAAGACACUACACCCUUCUCGAUAUUCAGAUUCUUCAGGUGCACCCAAAUACAUAGACAAUAGUGGAAUUUUUUCCGACCACUGCUACAGUGUCUGUUCUAUGAAACAACCAGACAUAAAGUAUUCUGAAAACAGAGGUAGAUACCACAGUCCGGUGCAGAGCGUAGACACAGAUGACGAUGGGAGUCCAGUGCAUGCUGGGACUUCUCAGUGGAGUGGGUCACAUUCAAAUGUGGGGUUGCAGUAUACAGACCCUAAAAAGAAGGAUAAAGAUAAAGCUGCUAAUAAUGGAAUGUGCAAGGACACGUGUGACUCACCUAUAUUCAGUGACAGCCCUACAGAAGAAGAAAAACCUCUUGAUAUUCAAACUGUUGAAAUUUCUACAACAGAAGUUAAUGCUGUAGAAGUCCAUGACAUAGAAACACAAACGGUGUCACCUGAGAAGCUAGAAGCUGAGGACCUAGAGGAGAUCCCUCUUGAGACCUGUAAAAUCUUUGAGAAGAACCAGGCUUUGAAUAUCACAGCUCAGCAGAAAUGGCCUUUGCUGAGAGCCAACAGCAGCGGCCUGUACAAAUGUGAGCUCUGUGAGUUUAACAGCAAGUACUUCUCUGAUUUAAAACAGCACAUGAUCCUGAAGCAUAAGACGUGUGCGGACACUCAUGUCUGUAAAGUUUGUAAAGAAAGUUUCUCCAGCAAAGUGCAGCUCAUUGAACACGUAAAACUGCAUGAGGAGGACCCAUACAUCUGUAAAUACUGUGAUUACAAAACGGUGAUAUUUGAGAAUCUGAGUCAGCACAUAGCAGACACUCACUUCAAUGACCACCUUUAUUGGUGCGAGCAGUGUGAUAUGCAGUUCUCCUCAAGCAGCGAGUUGUACCUGCACUUCCAGGAGCACAGCUGCGACGAGCAGUAUCUGUGUCAAUUCUGUGAGCAUGAAACCAAUGAUCCAGAAGACCUGCACAGCCACGUGGUGAACGAACACGCGUGCCGACUGAUAGAGCUCAGCGACAGCUAUCAUAACAAGGAGCGUGGACAGUACAGUCUCAUAAACAAAAUCAGUUUUGACAAAUGCAAAAACUUCUUUGUAUGCCAAGUGUGUGGCUUUAGGAGCAGGCUGCAUACAAACGUCAACAGGCAUGUAGCUAUUGAACACACCAAAAUAUUCCCUCAUGUUUGUGAUGACUGUGGAAAGGGCUUUUCAGGUAUGUUGGAGUAUUGCAAGCAUUUAAGCUCUCAUUUAUCUGAAGGGAUUUAUUUGUGUCAAUACUGUGAAUAUUCAACAGGACAGAUUGAAGACCUUAAAACCCAUUUGGAUUUCAGGCAUUCAACAGACUUGCCGCAUAAAUGUACUGAUUGUUUAAUGAGAUUUGGAAAUGAAAAAGAUCUUCUAAGUCAUCUUCAGAUACAUGAGACAGCUUGAUUACUUUCUUUCCCUGCAAUCAGCUUGUUAGGAUUGGAAUUAAAAAUACGAUAUUAAAUACAGUUUUAACAGCACUUGUACAAUUCUAAUGUUUUUACAUCAUCAAAACAUGUAAGACGACUUGGUGUUACAAAUUUCCUUUCCUAGGAGUUUCAGUAGGUAUAAUCACAUGUACAGUGUGACAGAUCACAUUCUGGGGGGAGGGACGGUGGGAGUAGUUGCAUGUUGUAAUAAUUCCAGUGGUUAUCCUGCACUUUCACAUGAAAGGUACAUAAGGAAUAAGCUUAGAACAUUGGCGUGUCUUUCUCCUGGGGGGUACCUGUCCUACCUCAUCGUUUGCUUUCUGUCUUUGGUCAGUGUUCAGUUUCAAAUCCUGUCCCAGCAGUGCCCGCAUCGCUUUUAUUUCCUUAUUUACCUUCACUUGCUGUCUUUGUUUUGAUGCAUGAAGGAGACAGGUACUGCUUGUGUGCAGAUGGAGAUGUGUUCUAAGGAGUAAUUCUAAGGGGAUAUGUGAAGCGAUCCAGCUGAGACUGUACAGUGUGAUUUUCAUAUCUAAAGCCUUAGUUUAGCUCUGAAAUAUGUCACCAACCUCAUUUGGAGAAAGCCUUUAUAAAUAAACUAGUUAAUAAUUAUUAUAAUUCUGUAGAUUUAUAAUUAGCUUUCCACAGCUAAUAAUUUGAGGAAAGUCAUUUUAAGUCUGUAUGUGUUAAACUUCUAUGUACUGGUUCAAAAUGCUGGUAUACUUUAAAAAAAAAAUAGCUUUAGCACAGCUAUUCUGAUUAAUGCCCGAAGAGCAUUAUCUAUCUACAGUCUUCCUAAGUGAAUUUUUAAGCUUCAUUCCAUAGCUGUAUUUCUCAGUGACUGAUUGUACAGAUAAUUAAGGGUGAGGUCAUUUAGAUUGUGUUAGCUUUCAGGGUGAAAUAAUCCAUAAAAUAGUGGUGGAGUUCGCAUUUCUGUACUGAUUGUAAAUUUGUAAGAUUGUCUGAUGCAAGUAUUGUAUAAUUAAUAUAUAAAACAUUUCUUGAUUGGUGAGAUUUGGUGUUAUCAGCUCCAAGGUGUGCAGGGGACUUAGCACUGGAGUUUUAAAGCUAUAAAAAUUGGCUGAAUAUAGUGAGUUCAUGGAAUUUCUGAUGUCUAGAGAAGUAUUUCGGGAACAUCUGAAAAUGAGCCAUUUAUUACUUGUUUAGUAGGAGGCAAGACUUAUUUUCGUUGUAUUGAAAUGCUGAUUUAAUACCAAAUCUUACAUGUAAUCUUUGAAAAGGACAGCCCAGUUGUAUCCUGACUGUAUUUUUUUUAGUUUGUUGCAUAGGCAACAGCAAUGUCUGCAGUAGGAUCACUAAUUUCAUAUUGCCUGGUUCACUCUGGCUUAAUAUAGUAGCAAUAAUAUAG